UUUUUAUUCAGAUGUACCUCAUAUGCAGUGACACUCAGUUGCGGGACGAGCUUCUGCAAAAACUUGCGCUUUCCGAAAAUGAGCGGAAGAACAAAGUUUUCUCCACCUUCACCAUAUUGCCUUCUCCAGGAGAUAUUGCUGUAUUAGUUGCUGACAUCAACGACGAAAAUCUCCGCUCUGUAAUCCGAUAUCUUCUUGCAAAUGCAGAAAAGAAGCUCGGUUUGGCAGUGGUGAAGAGAAAAUGGAGCGACAACGACAGUGAACUUCUUGAUGAGGCAAUACAAGCAGAAUAUAGCAGAGCACAUGAGGAGAAUCAAAAGGCAGCCCAGAAAGUGAGUCGUCUUCCUUCCGGCUCAUGGAAAAAUGAUCGAAUUGAACAACUGAGAGCUUGGCAAGACUUUCCAACCCUGAAUUAUGCAACGUUCUCCUUAGGGGACGAUAUUAAGAAAAACUUGGAGUCAUUUUUUGGCGGAAGUGUCCAGAUAUCACUCAAUGACAAUAACGAAGAUUCAGUUUCAAGCAAACCACCUGUUCUCCACUGGACUCCACUGCCUCUGGAUUCCGAAAUACAAGUGCUCAUCAGAAUCACGUUUUAUGUCGCAGGUCCUGACAAUGCUACGUUCACCGACAUACGAAAGUCCUUGCACGGGCUAUCUAAUUUCACACAUGAAUGGAAAGCAGGAAUUUUGCUCAUCGAUGAUCCGGUUCGUUUGCACGUGGAACGAACAUCGCCGACACAAAUAGAGAUCGCUGCCAGGUUGUGCGUGGACGAGUUGGAGGAAGAUCAGAUGGCAUCACCAUCAAAACUCCUUUGGCCUUACAUCGCAGUUGCUCUGCGAAAUGCGCUCCAGCAUCUGAAUGAGCAUCGAUAUCUUCAGUACUCGCUAGAGUUGAUACCAUAUGGAGCCACAUUUUUUGAUCCCCCUGUCCAUGCACGGGUCUUCGAUCUAUCCCAAUUCAUGGGAACGGCAUGCGCGUACAACAAAGUUGCUUUUCGAUACGAUGAGAAGCUGUGCAAUGUUCAUUUGGACACAUUGUUAUCAGGCCAACCGUUCAAGAGCUUGCAAGAGCUGCUUGCACUUGAGAAGCCGCAGACCAAGCAAUCGCAGAACGGUCAUAUCGAAGCUCAAAACCACUCCAGACCUGAAUCAAAAAAGAGCUCAAACGCGGGAUUGAAUGUGUCUCACAAUCGCGGACGACGAGUUUCCUUUGGUUCGAUCAAAUUAAUGGACGAGGGAAACUCCACAGUGAAAGGUGUGGACGACUAUGUAGAUGCCAUGUUGAAACAUACCAUCGAUCACCUUGUGUUGUAAAUAUGCG